CUUGUACAUUCACGAUUCUUGCAAAGACGCACAAUGAAGCUAACCACCUAUCUACUCGCGCUCGUCCUGUUCGCCGGAUUCUGCCUGCUGCAGCCUUCCUCAGCCCAGUCGAACUCCACCACAUCCACCAACAGCACAACCACGGAUGCAACCACUACCACCACAGCCGCGCCCACAACCGUUCAUAGGAAAUAUUUUACGAUCCGUAAUCUUCGCUAUAAGACAGUGCGCAGGAUCCAUGUUAACAAGAAAUCUGGUUAACAAUAUCUUUAGCUUACUAAACAAUGGCAAAUAAAAAUACGUGAUGAAAACCUAAACACA